AUGACAUCAACUUCGGCAUAUCAGGACUCGAGCAGAAGAGAGACCUCAUCAAUUUCUACAUUCGGAAGCGAGUUUUUGAGAAGAAUAAGAGCAAGUAGAAUAACUCCUAAUGCGGAUAGUCCUCUUCGAAGGGAACCUCUACCGCCUUCCAGCGUAGUAUUGACUGAUGCCACAUCGCUUUCAUCUCCACAUCAACAAAAUCUCAGGAAAUGCCGUACAUGCUCCUAUGAGCCGCCGGCAUCAAUCAUUGACCCGGGAGAACCAUCAGGGCGAGCACCUUUGACUGCAAGGUACCCCGAGAUAUUCACCUAUAUAGGACGAAAUGGCGUCCCAAAUUCUGCUCUAGCAUUGACAAAUGAUAUUGUGAGGAACUUGAACGAGAUAUUCUACCUCGAGGGGCGGUUCAAUGAUCAUACGAGGAUCAUGAGUCGAUUGGAUGAUGAACAUGAGUGUGUUGAGAUGACUUUGAAAGAACUCAAUCAACUACUUUCAUCGUCAGGUACCACAGUUCAAAGUGAUCGAGAUGCGAAAUCGGAAGAAUUGAAGUAUCUUUCCAAUGUUUCCUCGCGUAUUCAAGAACAGAAGCUGGAGUUACAGGAAGUUGCGGAACGCGAACAUGAAGAACUAAAGGAGCAAAGAAUUAUCUUAUUUAACAUGUUCAGGGACGUUUUCAGGGAUCGAAAUCUUCUAGAUCUAAGAGGAAAGAGUUUCCGACCGAAUCAGUUCUAUCGCAUGCCGGCCACACGACUCGCACCUCUACAUAAAACACCUCGAGUUUCCACCCACAGUGAAGAAGCUCGAGAACGAGUCGAAAGGGAACAACGAGAAGCUGUGGAUCAUAUGAAGGACAUGGGAUAUCGCCUGGAAACAAUGCAUCAGCGACUUGAUAAUUGGAAACAUUAUUACGAAGAGGAAUAUACAGAAUAUGCACGUGCGGUUAAGAAUGGAACAAUGAAGCCUGCGAGGAGUUUCUUCGAUUUGACUCUAUUGCAAGAACAUCAGGGGGCGAUUGAGGGAGUUAUCGAGGCGGAGAAUGACUACGAGAAAGCAAGGGGACGAGUAAGGGUUUUAGAUGUGGUGCUUAGUGAUAUUUUUCAGUCUAGUGGGUUUGCAAACUGUCCAGAUGAUGGCUAUAGGAUCUCGAUGGAAGAGGCUAUGGUUGGUGAUGUGGAUAGAGAGUGGAUUCUAGAUUGGAUGGAGAGGAACGAUGAAUCGGUAGAAUUUGAGGCCGAUGAAGACUUAUGGGAAGCAAAAUCAAUUGGCUUGGAUGAUAGUGUCAGCGUUGUUGCGAAAGGAAGAGAGAGAAAAAGAAUUGAUAGGUGGGCAGAGAUGUGUACGGCAGUUGGGAAUGACUUUCCAGAGUUGCCGAAAGUGGUGCAUCAUAAGCCUGCGUCUGAGCCCAGCCAGAAUGCUUCGAUAUUGCAAAUCAACGAUCCAGAUAGCGGAUCCUAG